UCAACGUCAUACAUAAUUCGAUUUUUCUGUAUCCCUCCAUGGUUGAAGUUUUCAAAUCAAUGGCAUAUUAUAAUCGAUCACUUCUUAUCGUAAUGUCAACGGAGACUUCGAAGGCUCUUAUUGCCAGUCUGGCUUUGAGCCUAUAAUUCUAUGACGAGAGGUUUGCCAUGACUUCCCCGGGAAAAAAAGCUUUCCGGGAAACUGACAAUGAGAAAGGAGAAAUGGUAUUGGAAGCUGUAUCUGCUAAUAUUUUGUACUGUUCUUGCACCAGCUUUCUCAGUCGAUCCCAGAAUCCCUUCUCAUGGUCACGGUUGCUAUUGGAAUGUAUCUUGUCAAGACACUUGGUGGGGAGAUUGUGCAAUGGGCCAUGCAAUUAUUGAUCGCUCAAAUGACUGCAAGGGAUUAUGCCUAGAGCCAAAAUAUUCUUUGUGCCCUCCUUACUAUACACGUUUUUAUUGCUGCAUGCUAGAAACUCCAAAAGUGACUAAAGAUUGGUGUACAAAAUGUGACUAUAAGGUGGAUGAUGGUGAUGAAUAUGUUUGUUGCAAAGAUUGCUCUGAUACUUACUUUUUUUCUAAUGAUCAAAGGUUGGGUUAUUGCAAAAGUGGUGCAGAGCUACUUGUAGAGCCAAAACCAAAGGAAAUUUAUAAAUGGGUUGCUGGACCUUGGAAGGCUUGCUCAUCUCUAUGUGAUGGUGGUAUUAGGUACCGAGAUGUGGAUUGCUACGCGGUGUUUGAAGUUACAAUGGUCCCAGAUUAUCCAGUAUACGACUAUAAGUGCUCCAAGGAAGAAAAGCCAGUCAGAGAAGAGCCUUGUAAUCUAAGAAGCUGCCUGCAGCUCACUGAUGAAGACUUGCACAAAAGAAAGCAUAAUAGGACAUCUACCUGGAUGCUUGGACUAAUUUCUCUUGGUUUGGUAGCUAUUAUUGGUGUUGGUUUUGCCUGUUUCAUCCAAUACAAAAGGAGAACAUCAAUGCAAUAUGGUCAGGUAUACAUCAUGAUGGAUGGAUAUUCGUAAAGACAUUAUUGAAUUUGCCAUACAUUGCUUUAUGGAUCAUAGAAAUAUGAUUGAUUAUCAUGCUUGAUGACUCACAAGCAGCUAGCUUCAGUAUAUACAUUGAAAUUUUCUCUGAUGUUUUUAUUUAUUUUCUUUUAUUCAUUCCUGUAUUAUUUGACAGAAUCAUUCCAUGUAAUGUAACUCAUGGAAAUGAAAUGGUCUCUCCUUUCCAUUUGGUUUUAAUAAAGCUUCAAAAAUGAGUUGUCAACUUGUGAAAAUUGCAUGCUUCAAUACUCAAACUCUCAAUAUAUGCACAAGUUCUCAAUAGGAUUGGUGCUUGUAUCAGACACCUUUGCUGCUAGAAUCCCUCUUUUUUCUUUUCAGAUCAUUCAUCACUAUUGAAACCCAGAAAUAUCCAGACAUCAUAAAUCACAGAACCCUGUAAAGUUCAAACAUUAUACAACUCAAAUCAACAUAUAAAAAUUUCGGUAAACAACAGUGUUAAUGAGAAAGUCAUAAAAUUCAAGAGUUCUGCUAAUUCAAGAUGGAGAAGUGCUUAAAUGCCCAAGGCCUUAUAAGUAGUGUUUACCCUAUCUCUAACCGAUGUGGAGUUAACAUAUGGUUAUUAUGCCCAAUGCCCAAGACCAAAUAUCUAGAGGGCGAAACAUUUAUAGAUAGCUCAAC